CAUAGCUUUCCCUGUCUCCAGAACCAGUAACUCCCUAACAUUAGCUAGCAAGCUAACAAGAAAUGCCAGCUAAAACGUGUGAUAUAGACUAACUAGGGUUUACGGCUGUACGGAUAAUUGACCAAUGUAUUUGUCAAGCUAACUAACUCAUUUCAACGGCUCUGUCUUGGAUGGCUGUUCAUCUUGAAAUAGCUAACUAAACUAGCUACGUUAGCCAUGUUACCAAGACUCGAGAAGCUAAUGCGUUAAUUAGUCAUGUGGUUUCAAUUUCCUCAUAAUUCUAUACUGUAGCCACUCCCUGGCAAAACCAACAUGGCAUCUGAUAGCUACCCAUUACACGAGGGCAGGAAAAAUAAGAGACAGGGUGUAAAGAGCAAAGACAAAGAGGCUGUUGUCCUGAAGGUCCAGAUGGACAUUGAGGAUCGCACAGCCUCUGGCCACAUUGCCCUAAAGCAAGAGGACUGUGAAGAAGCCCUCAGCCUCUUCAAAAAGGCCUUCAAAGCUUCCAUAGAGCUAAAGGAGACCAGGGUCCAGCGGGCAUGUGCCUUUAACCUGGGAGCUGCCUACUUGGAGGCGGGUAAAGCCCUGAAGGGGCUGGACUUCCUGAAGCGGGCCCAGCCAGGAGAGAGGGGCGAGCGGAUAGCAGACCUCCAGUUCAACCUGGCCGUAGCCUAUGAGACCCUGGGGAACCACAGCCAGGCGGCUGGUCACUGCCUCCAGGCAGCCCAGCUGUACCGCUGCCGGCGGGACGGGGCCAGUGAGGGGGAGACCUGCAUGAAAAUGUCCCACUGUCACCUGCUCCUAAAGGACUGGAUCCAGGUAGCUCAGAGCUUCCAGAGGGCUGGGGAGGGCUACAGGAUGGCAGGCAAGCUGGACUCAGCCGCCACGGCCUUCAAAUAUGCAGGGAGUCACAUGCUCCAAUCAGAUGACUUCACCAUGGAUGAUAUCAUCACUGUGCUCACUGAUUGCCUUGAGCUGAGCAACAACAUCAAAAACCCAGAGUUGCUCGGUAAGGUGUACAAUGACCUAGGCCUGAGUUUCUCCCAGCUGAAGUUGUUCCAGGAGGCAGCCGUGGUCCUACAGAACCUGGGAGCCGUUCACAACACACUAAGCCAGUACCGGCAGGCCCUGGACUACCACCGAUAGACAGCCAGCCUGCAUGGGUCUUUGGGCAGUCGUCGUGCUCAGGGCCGCUGCUUCAGUAACUUGGCCUUUGCCCUCAGUCAGCUGAGGGAGCAUGAGGAGGCAGCAGAGAACUACCUCCAAGCCAGGCAGGCCUUCAAAGACACUGAUGACUAUAAGGACCAAUGGCAGGCUUGUGAGGGUUUAGGGGAAGCUCGCUUUAAAUUGAUAGACCUGGAGAGAGCCCCCCUAUACUACAAACAAGCUCUGGGUUUACUGUCAAAGUGCAAGGUCUCGUCCAGCUCGGUCCAGGAGUGUCUGGUCAUCAAGCUGAGUGAGGCCCUGCAACACAGGCUGUCACUGAUCACCCCUGGAAAACCCCAGUGAGUGGAGCUGGCUCUGCAGAGGUGUCUACCGGACAGCAGGGGAAGGAGGAGGAAGCCCCGGGUCCAGAUGGAGAACAGGCACACACAGUGACGAUGGGAGAAGCAUGUGACUCCCAGUCACCGGUGACAAGAUCUCUCACUGAGAAGCCGGGCUAUCUGACAGUGCUGCCAGGGGCA